AUGGCUGCAAUAAGUAUGAGCAUGACUAUGAGUGAUAAUGUAAGUCACAUCUAUCAUAACAAUAUUACUGGCAGUAGAUAUGACUACUACAUUUCACUCAUGUGGAAAGGACAAGAAGACGUGUUCAAGAAUCCUGAGUUGCUUCUGAAGAGCAUUGAUCUGUCAGGAAAUAAUUUAACCGGAGAAGUACCAAAAGAAAUCGGAUCUCUAUUCGGAUUGGUGUCUUUGAAUUUAUCAAGGAACAAUUUGAGUGGAGAAAUAAUGUAUGACAUUGGGAAUUUGAAAUCACUAGAGUUUCUUGAUUUGUCUAGGAAUCGUUUCUGCGGUGAAAUUCCUAACAGUCUGGCUCAUAUUGAUCGUUUAAGUGUGAUGGAUUUGUCAUACAAUAAUCUCAUCGGUGAAAUACCAAUUGGAACACAGUUACAAAGCUUUGGUGCAUAUAGUUAUGAAGGAAAUCUCGAUCUUUGUGGAAAACCACUGGAAAAAACCUGCUCAAAAGAUGAUGUUCCAGUGUCAUUGGUGUUUGAUAAUGAGUUCGAGGACGAGGAGUCAAGUUUUUAUGAAACAUUUUACAUGAGUUUGGGACUUGGAUUUGCUGUAGGAUUUUGGGGAUUCAUUGGACCAUUAUUACUUAGUCGGUCUUGGAGAUAUUCCUAUAUCAGAUUCUUAAACAGAUUCAAUUGGUGA